AUGGAACGCAGCGCUUCGGAUGGGGUCGAUGUUCUGGCCAGCCGGGCGAACGGCCGCUUCGCGUCUUCUCGUGCUGGCAACACCCCCUCACGACGGUCGAGCUUAUGGUCCCUCUCAAGAUCCAAAUCCAAAGAUGACCAUGGAGCCUCCAGUCGAGGCGACGCUGCCGAAUCCCGUCCUGCUAGCUCUGGGUCGUCCGACUCGAAGCACGCCUCGUCCGCCAUUACAAGAAUUCCACGACCAACCCAGCAGCAACGGCCCUCGCAAACACGCACCCCAUACACUCUCACUGACGCCUACAAACAAGUCGAAGCUGAGGAGGCUGCCCAGAGUACUCCAAGUCCGGCCCCUCGGACGUGGCGUACUCGCAGCAGCUCUUCCACCAGGAACAAAUUGCACAAGAAACCCCCCACAACUUUCAGUCGCCAGGUGUCCGGCUCAGGGCGUGACGAACCCUUCAUGUCGGCCAGUAGCCCAGGUGCGCUUUCGGUCCAGAGCGAUGUCUCUGAUAGUGACAUAGACGAAAAGCUACGUCAGCACGCCCUGGCACAGGCAGAGCCAGAAAGGCCAGCCUCACGCGCCAACAGUAUCCUAUCACGGUCGAAGUUUAGGAGUAUCGCCGAGGUGGGUAAAGGUCUGGCUCGUAAGACGAGUCGGAGCAGCCUUGACUCUCGCGGCAACUGGCUUUCCCGCCGCCUCUCGGGCGUCCGACACGAUGCAAGCAGCGGUAUUUCGACACACGAAUCUCCCAGCUGGGAACAGAUUGGUGACUCUGCCCUUCUUCAGACAUCUACCGUCACGCCGGCUGAGCCCGUCACAAGACCGGCCACGGUGCCGCCUAAUCACGGUGCCCACUGGACCAAGAGCUCUGAGAGGAAAGCGGGAGAGGAUGUCGCCGCCGAUGAUUUCCAGACUUUUGACAGCCCUUUCCCAAACCUGACGCGCAGCAAUCCUAAACUCGACGAGAUUCGACUUUUGGAGAUGGAGGCAGCUUCCAUGUUUCCCGACGAGGAGUCAGGAUCAGGAACACGGUCAAACCAACUGAGCAGGGGUCGCGAGUCGAGCCGUACGAACACUAAACUCGAGGAGUUGCGCGCACGAGAGAGUAGAAGCCUGCUUCGAAAGACCCCAAUCGUUUCGAAACUGGAUGGCAUUAUCGAGUACGAUAUAGAGCACCCGUCCCGGCCCCCCUCCUCAGAGAUUGAUCGAAAAUCGAGUAAAGAAUCUGCCCGGACCAGCGCAUCUGGCGACAAACUGCGCAUGUCAGAUGCUUUUAGCAAGCUCCCGGUACGGAGAAGCAUGUCAAGCGGCAGGAGCCAGCCACGAGAUGGAGACGUGCGAGUGACGCCAGAGGAAGCCCCCAUACCGGCAUGUGACAUGGGGGUACCCGCUGUUGCUCCUCAGGAUCAAAAUGAUGUUGAUAACUACGUGGUGGAAUCUGCUCGUGAUAAAGAUAAUCAGGAAAGGGCUGCUACUGCUCGUCGUGAUUCACAUGGCGAGCGGAACUCGGAAGAACUGGAUCGUCAGCACCAGGCAACUGGGGACGAUUCACCAACAGGAGAGGCCCUGCAUAAGGUCGAGCACCAGUCUGGCAAUCAAGGUCGAGCAUUGAAAGGUGCAUUCAGGAACAAGAGGCUCGACAGCGCUAAAGGCGACGUCAGGCCGAGUGUCGGUUUCACUGGAUUGCGCCGAGACCCGUCUGUUGAUUCAGCGUUAGGCUCUAGGUCAAACCUAGCACAGUCGGAGUCCGAUCCCACGGAACGCAUUUACGGCGAAAUGAGCUUGUUCGCGCCGAUGGAAAAUCAAUCCGAAAGGGGCUCCCAGCGUGCAGUAUCUCCGGACUUGGAUGACGAGGAGGAAUAUGAAGCACCUGGCGAAACGCCCAAGCCGAACAGAGGCGAAGCUUCGAGACAGUCUCUCCCACCCGCGCGCGUCUCUACCCGACCAACGACCGCGAUCAAGACUGAAGAUAUGGAGGAACCAUCACGUUUCACGUCGGUCAGACCCACGGACCAUCAUUCUGGCGGUGAAAGCACCCAAGGUCCUGAGGGUGUCACGCAUAGCAGAGCCUCUUCGCGAGCCCGGGGCCGGAAAAGAAGCAUGUCGCCUAGGAAGAUAAAGCACACUCUGUCUGCUAGGGGUGACAGAACGCGUGAUCGUGCAUCAUCAGUUCGACCGCAUCGACGCUCCAAAUCGCUUUCACAGUUGCCUCUUCCCUUGGCCAACUCGGCCAAUCCACCAACUGUGAGGGACGAUCUGUUUGAAAUCCAUCGGAUCAACCAGAUUGAGGAUUCCACUCUGGAUGACCUAGCUGAUCUACUCGAAUCGAAGGACAACGUCCAUGGUCCGGCUCAUUUGGCCAAUGUCGUUCCCAAGGCUGGUUCCAAGGCUGGUUCCAAGCACGAAACCAUAGACGGAGAAAAUGAAAUCGAGCUCUACAAAAGAAUGAGUGAGUCGCUCAAGACAGGCCUCCUCGGAAUCCGAACCGCGAAGCAGGGGAUUGAGCGUCUAGAAACAUCCGUUUUCAAUGCUGACGCAAAGGAUCCUGGUCACCACAAUGGAGAUGCCGUCUCAGUGUGCUCUGCCUGCCAGGAUGAUUCCUCUGUUGGGCACACUAAAGUGACUUAUGUUCACUUGCCGCUUCCCCAGUUGUAUCAGCGACGGCCCAGGUUCAAACUCACCUUGCUUGGGCUCAUCCUGUUCCUUGUAACGUUGUGGUACAUUGGAGAGUCGACCAUGUGCUCCAUGUACUGCCGACCGCAAUACUGCUAUCCUGGCAAGCCAUGUAACUGGUCCCCUGAUGAUCCGGUAUGGGGAUACUCGAUUCCGGUUAAGCUUGACCAAUGGGUUACAGGAGGAAAGGGAAAAGUUUUUGCCAACCAGGCUACGCUGGACGUUACGGACUGGAUUGCCGACAUGUGGGAUGCUGCCAAUGGCGUCGACAUCACCAAGGUUGAUACUUCUAACUACACUUGGGAGCAAAAACGACAGCAUCGCAGAAGGCUCAUGAAGAAGGGGCUGGUCAGACCCUCCAGAGAGCGAAAGCGUGGCACGGCCAGACGCGUUAGCUAA